AUGAAAUUGUAUUGUUUUAAACAUAACACUAUUCGUUUUAAAAUAAAACAUAUUAGUGGUCCAUAUUAUUUUAAACGAUAUGAAUAUCCAUUUCAUUCUUUUUUAAAUAAAGUACCAUUUAAUUUAUUAAAUAAUAAAACUAAUUAUAUUUCACUUAAUUGUCAAUCAGUAACCAUUCAAAUAACUAAUUCUUCAUUUCAAUUCAAUGAUAUUAUUAUUGAUUCAUUAUUGUUUAAAUCAAUUAAAUAUAAUAAUCAAAUUGAUAAUUUUAAUAAUCAUACUGAUCUUUUAAUGCAUGGACUAACUUCAACUGGAUUCUCUCUUCAUUUAAAAAAUUAUACAAAAAUGUAUGGAUAUCCAAGACAUACACAAUUUGAGCUAUUCCCUUCACAAAAACCAUAUCGUUUAUUUAAUGUUGAUCCAUUUGGUUAUAAUCUUACAUCACCUAAUUCAUUAACAGGAUCUAUUCCAUUCAUUCUUAUGAAUUCAAAUGGAACAUGGAAUGGUAUUCAUCUUAAUAACCCUACUGAACAAUUUAUUACUGUUUCAUCUACUGGAUUUAGAUAUAUUACAGAAUCAGGAAAUAUAGAUGUCACUCUCUUUUUAAAUGAUUCUCCUUUAUCUAUUGUUUCUCAAAAUAUGAAAUUAACAGGGUUACAACAAUUACCUCCUCGUUGGAUGUUUGGAUAUCAACAAGCAGCAGAAUGGUAUUUUUCAAAUGAUACUAUUAAUGAAGCUAUUUCGAAAUUUCAAAAAACUAAAUUACCAUUUGAUUCUUUAUGGCUUUCUCCAUAUGCUAAUUUUAAUUUUCAAUCAUUUUCAAUGAACACUGAUAUUUCUCAACAAUUUAUUGAUAAGGUAAAUAAAAAGAAUAUUAAAUUAGUAUUUACUGCUCUUCCAUUUAUUAGAACUUUUUUACUUAAUGAAACAGAAUCUUUAUUAAAUGGUAGUUUUUUAAUCAACGGAACAUUAAAUCACUGUAUUUGUAAUUCUGUUGGAUGGGUUGACUUUACAAAUAAACAAGGAUAUGAAUGGUAUCGUUUUAUGUCUAAAACAUCACCUGUAUUAACUUUAUGGGCAGACUAUAAUGAACCUUCUUCUUAUUUUUCUAAUGAAAUGACAUUAUUUAGAAAUGCUCAACAUAAAAUAUAUGAACAUAGAGAAAUUCAUAAUUGUUAUAGCAAUUUACAUGUUCAAAGUCUUUUUGAAGGAGUUAGUCAAUCAAACUAUUAUCCAUUUAUAUUAACUAGUGGAUUCUAUAGUGGAAUUCAACAAUAUGGAGGUGUUAUAUUAACCCAAACAUCAUCAAAUUGGGAUAAUCUUUAUUCUGUUGUAAAAGAAUCAUUAUCAAUGAGUAUUUCUGGAGUUUCAUUUGUUGGAAGUGAUAUUGGAGGUUUUUAUGAUACUGUUAAUUCUACUCUUUAUCUUAGAUGGUUACAAAUACAAACAUUUUUUCCUCUUUUUCGUGGUAAUGGAGAAAUAAAUGGUUAUAGAAAAGAACCGUUUAUGUUUAUUAAUAAUAUUAGAUUUAUUAGAUUUGCUUUUUCUUUGAGAUAUCAGUUUAUUGAUUAUUGGUAUUCUUCAUUUUAUUACUCUCGACUUUCAUUUCUUCCUGUUAUAAGACCUCUUUUUUUAAAUUACCCAAAUGAUCAAACAACAUAUUCUAUUGAUACUGAAUGGAUGAUUAAUAAUGAUUUAUUACUCUGUGGGGUAUUUAAUGAAACACAAAACCUUCAAGUUUAUAUACCAAAAGGAAUUUGGUAUAAUUACCUUAUUGAUGAAAGAGUAAAUUCAAAUGGUCAAUGGUUUAAUAUGGAAUUAGAUUAUGAAUUUAUUCCAUUCUUUGUUAAAGGAAAUACUAUCUUAUUAUUAAAAAAAUCAAAAACAAUAUCAACUAUUAAUCAACUAAAACAGAAAUACACUAUGAAUAUUUAUUUAGAUGAAAAUUAUCAAGCAUCAUCAAAUUGGUAUUGGUCUGAGGGUAAACAACAACAUGAGCCCUUCUAUAAAAUGACAAUGAAUUUCUUUAAUAAUUCAUUUAACUAUCGUAUUUACUCAUUUGAUGAAAUGGGUAAUCCAACAACAUUUAAUUCCAACCAUCAUAAUUAUUUCAAAUGUAAUUCUAUUGUUAUUUAUGGAUUACCUACUAUUCCAAAACAAAUAUUAUUAAAAACAGAAAACAAUAUAAUAGAAGUACCAUUUAUUCAUUCAUUAAUUAAAUUAGUAAUUAAUCCUUUACAGUUAGUGUUAGACCAUUCUUUUAAGUUACUUCUAAAAUAUAAUUGA